AUGGAGGCUGGCUGCGUGGUUGCCGCGGUGAUCGAGAAUGCUGCCACACGGCCCCGGGUGCAACCAGGAAGUGGUCACGUCCUUGAGGGAGACAUAGCACCAUUCAGUCAGCCUAACAUAGAAGAUGUCUUACCUCAAGCUACCAGCAGAAGUCCUACAGACGAGAGACAGCCACAAGAUAUGCAGCAGGCACAGAGUGAUGACAUCACGGCCGAACCCCUCCUGCGCUCGUGCGUCAGCACAGCAAGCAUGAAGGUCAAGAACAUGAAGAAGCUGACAUUCCCCAGAGGUCACUUCCCCCGCCUGGCAGAGUGCGCCCACUUCCACUAUGAGACUGUUGAUUUUGGAAAUGUUGAGCUGGCCUUUGCAGAGGGACAGAGUGAAGGAGCAAAGGGGACCCAGGACUCCAAAGAACUCCUCUUUCUGGUCCAGAUCACCUGCCAGGCUCGAAACUGGCUGGUAAAGAGAUCCUAUGAGGAUUUUCGUGUACUGGACAAACAUCUGCAUCUGUGCAUUUAUGACCGGCGCUACUCUGAACUUACCGAGCUGCCAAAAUAUGAACCAGUGAGGGACACGCAUGAGUCAGUAACCAAGAUGUUGGCUACCUACUUGUCCCGCUUUUCCGUCAUCGCUGACAAUAAGAUCAACUGUGGUCCAGUUCUAACAUGGAUGGAGAUUGACAACAAAGGGAACCAUCUGUUGGUCUCCGAAGAGUCAUCUAUCAAUGUCCCCGCCAUCGCUGCUGCACACGUCACCAAGCGCUACACAGCCCAAGCCACAGAUGAAUUGACUUUUGAGGUUGGGGACAUUAUUUCCGUCAUUGACAUGCCUCCCAAAGAGGACACAGGUUGGUGGAGAGGAAAACACGCCUUUCAGGUUGGUUUUUUCCCAAGCGACUGUGUUGAGUUGAUAAAUGACAAGCUCCCCCCCAGUGUUCAAAGCUCGGUGCCCAAACCAGUGUGUAAAAAGCAUGGCAAGCUGGUGACCUUCCUGAGAACUUUUAUGAAGUCGCGGCCACCGCCGCAGAAGCUUCGCCAGCGCGGAAUCCUUAGGGAGCGAGUGUUUGGCUGCGACCUCGGUGAACACCUCCACGGCUCGGAACAUGAAGUCCCUCAGGUUGUGAAGAGCUGUGCCGAGUUCAUCGAGAAAUACGGUGUGGUGGAUGGAAUCUACAGGCUGUCUGGAAUCUCUUCUAACAUCCAGAAACUGAGGCACGAAUUUGACUCUGAGCAGAUUCCAGACCUGAGCCGAGAUGUCUUUCGACAGGACAUCCACUCAGUAGGCUCCCUUUGUAAGCUGUACUUCCGAGAGCUCCCCAACCCUUUGCUCACCUACCAGCUGUACGACCGAUUUUCAGAGGCUGUGUCUGCAGCCACAGAUGAGGAGAGGCUGGUUAAAAUCCACAACGUCAUCCAGCAGCUGCCUCCUCCACAUUACAGGACAUUAGAGUAUCUCAUGAGACACUUGUCCCGUCUGGCUACCUUUAGUUCCAGCACCAACAUGCACACUAAAAACUUGGCCAUCGUGUGGGCACCAAACCUGCUCAGGUCAAGGCAGAUCGAAUCGGCCUGCUUCAGUGGCACGGCAGCCUUUAUGGAGGUGCGCAUCCAGUCAGUGGUGGUGGAAUUCAUUCUCAACAACACAGAGGCACUCUUCAGCACCAAACUUAACACCAUCAUACGGGAAAGUGCCGGUAACAAUACGUUAUCUAGACCCAAGUCUCUGCUGGUCUGCUCCCCGUCAACCAAACUGCUCUCUUUGGAAGAAGCACAAGCACGCUCUCAGGCUCAGCUGACCUCCCCCACCACUACUCCUUGCCUAAGCCACAGUGACUAUAUUGAGGUCGGGGAAGGGCCUGGAGCCUUGACGGGCAAGUUCCAUACAGUCAUCGAGCUACCGCUGGAAAGUGCCAAGCGGGCUCCAAGCAAGGCCAAGAAGUCUCCUGUGGGCAACUGGCUUUCCUUUUUCCACUUGGGUAAAUCCCACUCGGUAUCCAAACGUAAACUAAAGCGACACCCCAGCGAGCCCAACGAGAUAAAGAGCAUUGCAUUGCCGGGUGGGAGAGGUGACAGUGGAACAUUGCGCUCGGCAAAAAGUGAAGAAUCUCUCACCUCUCUGCUUAAUGUGGAUGGGGAGCCUCCGAAAUACCAGCACUUGCGCCCCCGCUCCACUAGCGAGGCUUUGCCCACAUCCAGCAGAGACGACACAUACAGGGCUAAAAGCAAGCUUACGUUUAGUCACAACGAAGAAGACGAACUUUCACCUCCACUGCAGGAAGAUGACAUUGACCUCUACCCACCAGUUGCUGGAAUGUCCUCUCUAGACUUCGACCCCAUGUCCUUCCAGUGCAGCCUAACCUCUGCUACUCCCCGUGUCCCACGCAACAAAGAAGGGCACAAAUUAAAGAAGGGCGAUUCAGACGCAAACAUCAAUAGCCCUGCCCAGUUUAGAAAAGCGGAGACACGUGAAGCUCUAAUGACAGAUGGGAAGGAGCCCCGAGCACCUUACCGACAUUGCAGCCCACUCAGUGCAGCGAGUCAAGCUUCAGUGCUAACAGACUCUGCACAGAACCUGCCUGACCCAGGAGCAGAUAGACUUAUGAGUUCAGUGUCUAUUCUCCCUCCUCACCCUUCCCCGACGAGCGCUGCACGCAAGCUGGCUCUGGCACUAGCUGAGUCGGCGCAAAAGGCCAGUGGCGGCUCGCAGAGAAGAAGAAACCACCCGGCUCACCCACUCCAAAGACAGGAAGCUCAGGACAGGCCCGCCCGGCCAUCGGCCCUCGAACUCAAGGUGUACCCGCAGGCGUACACUGGACCUCCCCAGUGGCAGGCGCCACUCUACUUCUUGCCAGCGCAGCUACGCUCGCAGACAACUGACGGACUGGAGAAUACCUUCACACCCAACGUCAGCCCGCUGGGUUCAGGUAGCCUGGACUCACGCCAUGGCGACGUCACACCAGAGGAACCCACCUAUCAAAGUGUGGGAGUUUCAACCCCCUCUGAUCCCCUCUGCUCUCCACAUAGCCCCGUAUCCUCGCCCGUGUACGCCAACGCCGACUCAAUCAACAUUUUUAACUUCCGAGCCGUUCUCGCGGAGACCUCUGUGCCCGCCUCCUUCGAGGAAGCCCUUCCACGCUCUUUCCAGUCUCCGUCAUCCCACCACUAUGCCUACAGAGCUUUGGGCCCUUCUGGUGACAUCUACCGCAACCUCCAACAUCAGCCCCCGCCUCCGCUUUACUCUGAAAGACUAUCUCGCUGCCAUCGACCCGACGCGUUGCCCCGUCAUCUCUCAGGGUCGAGACGCAUGCACAGACAGUCGUCGGAGAGCCGCUGCAGUUCCUCUGGUUUAGGACAGCCUGCGUCCCCUCAGUAUAGGCACCACUACCGAGGUGACCACCUUAUGGGCGCCAGCCAGCGACAACAAGGCCAAUGGCAGAGGUGUGAAGACAGAUUCACCCCCCACCCCGCCAUUAGGAGAGCACGCUCUUUUCAUGCCCCACAGAUUAGUCGCUACGAGCUUGCCGCCGCUGACUUACUGCCCCCUGACUUUUAUGCUGAGCAGGAGGCCGCUUAUCAGAGGUUGCUUCAGCCCCGUUUAGAGGACAUUCAUGUACAACAAGUGCUAUAUAACCCUUACCCGGAUUUGACUGCUUGUGACAGCUCCCAAUAUCCUUUUGAAUCUUUUCAACUCAACAGUAUCCGCCACAGUCAGCCUUAUAGAACACGGUCUACCAAGGGAAGAGCGCCUCCUGAGUUUUACUAUUCCUCACACCACGACCGCCCUCUGGAUCAAGAGCUGUUCAUGGACAGUGGGGACUCGAUUGUUUACCAAAAGCAGGAGAAGAAAAAAAGCAGUCCGUCUCCGUACAAUAGUCCAGUCUCGCCGGCCGACUCUGUGGGAAGAGAGAUAAUGCACAUAAGGAGCAAGUCAGAUCCGGGAAACGGGGUGCUGUCCGCCAACAGGAGGGACAGCCAAACCGUUGUCAAGGCCACGUCUCCCGUGUCUCACCAGCCACAUUGUGUCCCUGUGAAAGACGGCGCAUCACAGCAUCGUCAGCAGGCGCCGCUUAGGAAGAUCCCCUCGCUGCCCGAGAGGGGCUUCGCCGAACUGAACGACAGAAGCCAAAUAGAUCCGUUAAAGAGAACAAGAGCCGGCAUCCUCAGGAGGCCUGAGCGGUCUCAGAGCACGAGAGAGAAUCGCCACCAACAUCAUCAACACCUCGCCAAAUCGCCCUUGGAUGGUGAACACGCCGGGUACGUUUCCUCUCAGCCGAACAGAAGGACUCAAAGCACUAAAGUGCGGCCCACGCACUACGACCACAUUCCGGGGGGCUUUUACGCCUCUCCCAGGCCAAAUCCAACAAGAUCCACAAAAGCCAGGCCAAGCUACACACCGGCCCCAGACACUGCCCCAUCUUCUGCCGCCGCUCCCCACGGACACAGGCUGCUGUCCAAGGCUCUGGCUCAGGAAGCUUUUUAUCAGUCAGUAGUCAGAACACACGCCGGCGUCCGUGACUGA